GAUCGGAGCUGAGCAUCACGUCACAUCAGCGGUGGUCACCAUGCUGGUCCUGCUGAGCCUGAGUCGAGCCUUACCCAGAACAGACCCCCCCCUCCUUCCCGAUCGUCACUUCCUGUUCAUGUGGAAUGCUCCGACCGAGCUCUGCGAGAUCCGCUUCGGCAUGCCUCUUGAUCUGUCCCACUUCGACCUGGUGAGCAGCACCCUGAAAACCGCCACAGACCAGAGUAUCUCCAUAUUUUACACCGAUCGCUUUGGCAUCUUCCCGUACGUGGAUGAGGAGACCGGGGAAAUGUACGACGAGGGUCUGCCUCAGCUCAUAGACAUGGAGGAGCACCACGAGGAGGCCGAGGAAGACAUCGAGUACUACAUCCCCAACAAAAACAGUCCGGGCCUGGCAGUGCUGGACUUUGAGGAGUGGCGGCCGCAGUGGAUUCGAAACUGGGGGAGUAAAGACAUCUACCGACAGAUCUCCAUAGAAACGGUCAAGAUGAAGAACGCGUCGCUGUCAGAUGACGAGGCAGAAGACCGAGCCAAGGCCUCGUUUGAACGUGCAGCCAGGAAGUACUUCGUCAGAUCCAUCCGGGUGGGGAAGAGGCUGAGGCCCAACAGGCUCUGGGGUUACUACUUAUACCCCGACUGCUACAACUACGACUACAACCAGGACAUGGAGGGCUUCACCGGCCAGUGUCCAGACAUCGAGAAGUCCAGGAACGAGGAACUGCUGUGGCUCUGGAAAGAGUCCACCGCACUCUAUCCAUCCAUCUACCUGGAGCUGGUUCUCAGAGACUCCCAGCAGGCCAGACUGUACGUCCGACAUCGCAUCCAAGAGGCUGUUCGGGUGUCAACCCUCCCCAACAGCUCCUACUCCAUCCCCUUCUACGCCUACAUCAGACCGGUGUACAAGGACAGAGUGAACGUCUACAUGUCAGAGUUUGAUCUGGUCAACACGAUUGGAGAAGCUGCUGCUCUCGGGGCGGCCGGCGUGGUUUCCUGGGGAGACAUGGACGUCACCGACACAGAGGACUCGUGCUUCGAUGCUCGAAGCCACCUGGAGAACGUCAUGAACCCGUACAUCCUGAACGUCUCCACGGCGGCCGGCCUCUGCAGCCGGGCGCUGUGCCAGGGUCGAGGCCGCUGUGUGAGGAAGCAGUGGGAUGAGGACGUCUACCUUCACCUGGACCCUCACCGCUACCAGAUCCUGAGGCGGCGCCGCGGCGGCCCGCUGAGCGUGAGCGGCAGCCUGUCGCAGGCCGACGUCUUCUGGUUCGACCAACACUUUGACUGCAUGUGUUACAGCGGCGAGCCGUGCAGAUCGCCCUACAGCUUCAACAUCAUCGAGGAGUUUGUAGUGAACACGAGGAAUGGAAGCGCCGAGAGGACGAAUCGUCUGCUGCUGCUGGUCACUCUCAUCUGUCUGAUGUACAUCUGGACGUCAACAUAA